GACGCUGGUGGGGUUAGUGAGGUCAGUGGAACCCUUUGGUCCCCUGUGCUCCCCGGCCCUCUCCCCUGUUCCUCCUUCCUGCUGUAUGCACGCCAGGGCUGUUGGGCAACCGGGAGCCUGUUCAGAGCGAGGAUAAAUUUACGGCGGGACUUUCCGUUAACAGUGUGAGGGGUUGUGGUUAGACCUGUAAAGGAACUUUCUUAGAUUUAACCCAGAAGGCUCUGCGAGCGAGACGGGGAGAAUUUGGACCCUCGUUCGACUACGGCUACUCUUCCCUCCUCCUUUCUGAGUCUCUUAUCUCCUCAUACAGGAACGGCAUGUCCUGGUCUGGCUUUCUCCGUGGCCUCAACACGUCUCUAAGUUGUGGCCUAGCCUUGGUUCCCCAGCUCUGGGCCACCCGCUCCAUGGCAACCCUGAACCAGAUGCAUCGCCUGGGGCCUCCAAAGCGGCCACCUCGGAAGCUGGGCCCCACGGAAGGCCGGCCGCAGCUGAAGGGCGUGGUUCUGCGCACGUUCACCCGCAAACCCAAGAAGCCCAACUCGGCCAACCGCAAGUGCUGCCGUGUGCGGCUCAGCACAGGCCGCGAGGCUGUCUGCUUCAUCCCCGGGGAGGGCCACAGCCUGCAGGAGCACCAUGUUGUCUUGGUGCAGGGUGGCCGCACCCAGGACCUGCCAGGUGUCAAGCUCACCGUUGUGCGUGGCAAGUACGACUGUGGACAUGUGCAGAAGAAGAAGUGACCGCUGGGGCACAGUAGGUUGAGUGCCCCUACAGAACAAGAACCUUCCUCUCCGGGCUCCAGCAGCCUUCUUGGAAGCUAGCUAUUCUGGCUCUAGAGGCAGCUGAUACUGGACUCAAAUCCUAGCUUUGCCUCUUCCAUCAGGACCACUACUAGCCCCAGAGUUCCUGGGGGUGAAUUAGAAAAAGUGCUCCUCUGUCAACACCUUUGGCUUCCCUGUCUAGAUUUUUGGCUUGAGAGAUUUCUUCUGCUGGAAUGAGACACUGUGCUGUCAUCUGUUGGGAAUGGGUUGUAAUAAACACACAGAGCCCCUGGCUGUAAUGUGA